UCUUAUUGCCAAGCCUUUCUGAAGCGGUUACUAUGAAGAACAGAAGCAAACUAAGAUGUCGGACUCAGGGCUGGUAUUUCAGAGCCCUAUUUACUUCAUUCUGGUUCUGUGUGUCUGUCGCUGGAGAGGGUCGUUACUCAGUUUCUGAAGCUCUAGCCUGGUGCCUUUUAUAGGGAAUAUGGCCGAGGAUCUGGGACUGCAUAUCAGAAACCCGCCAACUCUCAGGCUGCGGACUGUGUCAGGAAAAGAGAAAAUUUGUGGAGAUGAAAAUGCAGAAUGGCGCCCUGAUCGUCACUGUGAGAAUGGACAGAGCAGAGCUGCGUGGGCAGACAGCACUCCAGCCGGGACGAUGGUCGGUCUGCUCAGUGUCAUGGGCCAGGACUCCGGGGACGAUGGGAAGAUCAGCUGCCACAUUCUUCAGAACGUACUGUUUCAGCUGACGCCCCUGCUGAUAAAACAUCCUUCUCCUUGGUGACAAGGCGCUUUGGUCAGAGAAGCGGCCGCCUACAACAUCACUGUAGUCGCGCGGCUCCCCUCCCCUAUCUAGCAGGGAAACCCUCCGAGUGACAAUUUCCGAUGUAAAUUACAACGCCCACUGCUUCGAAGUGGCCUCUUACACCACUGGUUCUCAAUCUGAGGUACCUCUACCUCUGGGGAUAGGCAGAGAUCUUCUAGGGGGCACAUCAACUCAUCUAGAUAUUUGCCUAGUUUUACAACAGGCUACAUAACAAGCACUAGCGAAGUCAGUACAAACUAAAAUUUCAUACAGACAAAAUGAGGAAGUAAGUACUUUUUCAGUAAGAGUGUGCUGUGACCUUUUUGUAUUUUUAUGUCUGAUUUCCUAAGCAAGUAAUUUUUAAGUUAGAUGAAACUUGGGGGUACACAAGACAAAUCAGACUUCUGAAAGUAGUCUGGAAAGGUUGAGAACCGCUCUCUUACACUGUCUGUGUGUCGGAGAAUAACUCUGUGGGCUUAUGGAUUUUCUGGGUGGCCAUUGUGGACCGUGAGAUAAAGACCCCAGCGAAAGUUGCUUUAUACCAUAAAUGACUUCUUCUUGGCGCAGCUAAUCCUGGAACCCACAAGGGGAGAGGUAGUUCUUGUUUAGUCCUAAAUGGAGCACAGGAUCUGCUCUAAGAGGUGACUAUAGCUGAACUGCACAGUAACAGCAACCAUAAUAUAAUUAAAUUUAACAUCCUUGUGUGCGUGUUGGAAGAGGGAAGACAGCAAAGAUGCCCACCACAGAAGCUCAUCACAGUAGCAUUUAACUUCAGAAAGGGGAACUACACAAAAAUGAAGAAGCUAGCUAAAUGGAAAUUAAAAGGAACAGUCAUAAAAGUGAAAUGUCUGCAAGCUGCAUUGGAACUUAUUAAAUAAACCAUAAUAGAGGAUCAUUAAAUAUAGACCCCAAAUUAAAAAACAUAGUAAGAGGACCAAAAAAGUAGGGCCAAUCAGAGGGUGGGCCAGGAGGGCCAUUUUUUCUGGGCCUCAAGCUCAAAAGGAGCCUCAAAUUUAGACACUUGUUAAAUUUUUUGGCAUUUGAUAAAUUUUGCAACUUGUUUUUAUGCGCAUCCCUAUUGGAACAAAAUGUGACACCUCUCAGCUUAGAGCUGCAAAUUUAAGCAUAUAAGAGAUGUGAUUUGGUAAAAGACAUAUUUUUUGAUAACUGAUAUAGAUUUUGUCAUAUUAAAGAGUUUAAAAUGUUCAUAAAUAUUAAUUAAAAUAUAUCGGUUCUGAUGGCACAAGAUUAGACCAUGAUGAAUGUGUCCUCUCAGAUCAGCUGAUGAUAUAAACCAACCACUACCAGUGGCUGGUGCUGGAUCAAGUGCCUGUUGAAAGGUAGAGAAUUGUUACAUUUUAGUGUCUUUAUAGUUUUACAUCUAGUUGACUAAGGAAUUAUUUAUGUGUGAGAUUUCCUCAUUAUUAUCUUCAUAGGGUAGCUAAAAGAGGUGACUGGUUGGUUAGAUGAGCCAUAGCUUGGUAGCUUGGCCAUCAUCAUAGGCUUUUGUAGUCUAUAGGCCCAAAUUCAAGGUGAAAAUUUGUGAGGACAAACUUGUACAGUGAGUUUUGUUUGAAAAUUUUGGACAUUAUCCCUCUGUCUGUAUCCGUGUCUCUGUUUGCUAUAUAUAUGUCAUCCCUUUGUCUUCAGUUCAGCCUAUUAUAUUAUAUCUUGUGUGCUUGAGUUUUGAUUCAGUGAUAAGGAUGUCUGACUGUUUCAUUUUGUGUUCUUAAUUAGUAUUCCUUCAUUUUAAGUCUUUUCAGCAUCUGUGUACCAUUCAGCAUUUGUGUACAUGUUUACAGCAGAAUAUUUCAAGUGUGGAUAGGCUACAUAUUUACUUUAGAACAUUUCAGGUGUAAAUGAAUUGAAGAAAGGUAUAUUUUGUUUGAUAAUUUCACGAGAAAAACGGGAAAAGAAAUUGCUGAUGGAGUACUAGCAAUUCUAGAAGGUUUUAAGUUAAAUUUUCAAGUCUGAAUUGGUCAAGCCUAUGGCAAUGGAUCUAAUAUGGCUGGGAAGUACAAAGGUGUACAAGCAGUUCUGCUUGAGCAUAAUUCAAACUGUAUUUUCUCCAGCUGUGGAAACCACACACUAAACCUUGUAAGUGUUGACUGUGCUGAAUCAUGCAAGGAGGCAAUUACUUACUUUGGAACUGUUCAGCAAAUGUACAAUCUCUUUAGUAGCAGUCCACAAAGGUGGGAAAUUCUGAAGAAAUAUCUUCUUGUUUCACUGCAUGGGAUGUCCAAAACUAGAUGGUCUGCACGGAUUGAUGGUGUUCAACCAGUUGCACAGUAUUUGAAUUCAGCGAGGAAGGCUUUAAAUGAGCUUGAAUCUCUCAAUCUCACUGCACAGGCUGGAAUGGAACUUCAGUCUAUUCAGAAGCACAUGUCCAAAUUUGAAUGCAUUCUGAUGUUAUCUUUGUGGAUGAAGCUACUUACAAUGAUCCACCAAACUAAUCUGGUAAUUGAAGCACACAAUGCUACACUUGAUGUUGAGAGGGAUAACAUUGAAAGUCUUAUAAAUGACAUUCAACAGAUUUGUGAACAAAGGGAUGCGAUCCUGACUGAGUCCAAAUUAGUAGCACAGAAUAUUGGCAUUUCAUCUGAGUUCUCCGCCAAUCGCAACUUACCCACUGAAUCUGAUGCAGAGCAGCAUUCUAGGGUCAAUGUGUUCCUUGUCAUCAUUGACUCUAUUCAGUCAGGUCUUACACAUCGAUUUGAGUCACUGCAAUUAAUUUGUACCCUUUUUAGGUUUCUUUGGCAGUUCAACAGACUGAGUAAUGAAGAUCUACUUUCUGCCGCUGAACAAUUUCAGCAACAGUACAACAAAGAAAUCUCAAAAGAUCUCAGUGACGAGACAUUCUUCCUCAAAUGAAUAUAUUCCAUGAACUUUAAAUUGGAUUGCAAGCUGAAGGAAUUGCUUCAAGAAAUACUCAAACUUGGACUCUCUGGGGUGUUUGCAUUGUGUAUUUUUGUCAAUUUGCCUGCAUGAGUGGAUUCAGGUGAACGUACCUUCAAUGUGUUGAAGCAGUUAAAGAAAUAUCUCUAUUCAACUAUGGGACAAGAGCAUUUGAAUGGGCUUGCCAUGCUUAAUAUCAACUGUGACAUUGCACAAAAGCUAGAUUUUUCCUCAAUAAUUAGUGCAUUUGCACAGAAAAAG